AUGCUUAGCCUAUCCUUCCAAGUUGGUCAGUUCGGGAAGCUUCUAUUCUGGCUCCCUAUUCUCGCCAUUUUGCUGUUCUUUGCGAAGGCUGUCUACAAUGUGCUUUUCCAUCCGCUAAGGGAUAUCCCGGGGCCAUUUUGGGCACGAGCCAGUGGAGUCCCGUCAUGGUAUCAUGCAACUACAGGCAAAAGGCACAUCUGGCUUUCGAAGCAGUUCGAGAUUUAUGGUGACAGAAUCCGUCCAGAGCCAAACACGGUAUUGUUCCGAAACCCGGAAGCCUACGGCGAUAUUUACAGUCUGAAAGCCAAUGUGAGGCGGAGUUCGUUUUACACGGCCCUGCGACGAAAAUUUCAUGAGGGCAACACGCUCACCACCAUUGAUGUGGCGGAACAUGCUGCAAAGCGCAAGCUUCUCAGCUCUGCAUUUACGGAAAAGUCUCUGCGCUCAGCCACAAGUUUCAUUAUUGAGCAUGUUGACCGUUGGAAUCAAGUCAUGCUGGAUGAGAAUGACAAUGCAACGGAGUGGUCAGCUGCUACGGACUUCAGUAGACGACUUGAUGCAUUGACUUUCGAUAUUAUGGGUGACCUCGCAUUCGGCCGGUCUUUUGGCAUCAAAGAGCCCGGAAACAACCCCUUGAAAGCUGUCCCGGAAAACAUUGCGGGGUAUAUGAAGUUCUACUAUCCAUUUUGCAGGUCUCCUUUCCUGGAUUUCCUGAUUUGGAUCAAACCGCGUGGACUUGACAGGCUCUUCGGAAUCAUCGCCCCGCAAGCAGUGCGUGACAUGAACAGGUUUACCGAAGAGACUCUCGCUGAACGCAAAGCCCUGCAUGCGGAACAAGCGGGAAAGCCCGAAGGUGAGCGACGCCAGGAUAUUUUUUAUUUCAUUCGCGAGGCGCGAGACCCGAAUACCGGCCUCCCUGCGUACAACGACAUGGACUUGAAGUCCGAAUCUGGCCUCAUGAUUGUUGCGGGAUCGGAUACCACAUCUAUCAGCUUGUCAGGGGUGUUCUUCUGCCUGACCGGGGAUCCUUCUCGUUACCAAAAGCUGGUGGACGAGAUUCGUACCACCUUCGACACACCUGAGGACAUCGUAUACGGGCCGAAGCUUCUGGGUUGUAAAUACCUUAGGGCUUGUAUUGAUGAGGGCAUGCGGUUUGCUCCGUCUGGACCCUGCGACCUCCCGCGCGAAGUGCUCAAAGGUGGCAUCCGAAUUGACGGGAACUACUAUCCAGAGGGAACAAUCGUCGCUACAGUGCCUUGGGUAAUGACUCGCAGCGAGUCGAUCUACGAAGAUCCCGAGAUCUUCCGGCCUGAGCGAUGGAUUGAGGAUCCAUCCACUGGUGUCAGCAAAGAAUCCGUUGCACGCCUGAAGCAGAACUUCCACCCAUUUUCAGCCGGGCCGGGCAGCUGCCUGGGGCGACAUGUGGCCAUGGCGGAGAUGUUGCUCACGGUAGCUCGUACGCUCCAUCGCUUGGGUAUUCGAAGGGUUCCAGGAUCUACCUUCGGUGGUGGCCAGCCGAGCCUUGGUUGGGGGGAAAGUGACCCUCGCCACAUCAGGCUUUAUGAUGCUUUUAUUUCGCUUCGGGAAGGUCCGCAAGUACAAUUCAGAAAGAGAACUUAG